UUUUCCAUUUUUUUUUUUGGUUCGUUCUGUUCUUCUUCCUCUUGUGUCGUCAGGUGUUUCAGUUUUUUUUAUUCGGAAAAUUAAUAAAUAAAAAAUCGUUACGGAAGGUGACAAACGGCUGCCUCGGAAAAUCCGUCACUUGUUUUUGUUUCUGUUCGUCAAACGUUGUUUCAUCAUUUUUCUGGUUCUGAUUCGGUUUCUGUCCAAUGACCACCAUACCGCCUUAUCAGGAGGCGGUUCAGAUAAAUGCUUGACCGUAACUUGGGUGGGAAUUCCGACCCGACACCGGAUACCAGAAACAGCAACUGAAACGAUUUUUGGGUCAGGGUCAGGAUUCGACGUGGAUUGGCUCAUUUGGAUAUUUCUGCAUCCAAUAAAAGAGAAAUUAAAGUUUGAAUUUUGGCUCAGGAGGAUCUUGAGAAUUUGAUCGGAGUUUGGUUGCUUGAUUUCUGUCCGGAUUGCUGUCUGUAUCGGGAAGUUUUUCGCUGUGUGAGCCGGAAUGGAACAAUUCCGGCAUAUUGGAGAGGUUUUGGGAAGUAUGAAGGCUCUGAUGAUGUUGAGAGAUGAGAUUCUGAUCAAUCAAUGCCAGUGCUGUUUGUUGCAUGAUGUGUUCACGUUGGCGUUUGACACGAUCGGAGAGGAGAUCCAGUUGAACCUAAAACUCGAAGAGAAGAAGACGAAAUGGAAAGCCCUCGAGCAGCCUCUGAGGGAGCUGCACAGGGUUUUCAAGGAAGGGGAGCUUUAUAUGCGGCAUUGCAUGGAUGUGAAAAACUGGUGGGGCAAAACAAUCCUCCUCCAUCAGAACAAGGACUGCGUCGAAUUUCACAUCCACAACUUGUUCUGCCACUAUGCAGCCGUGAUUGAGGCGAUUGAGAAUGCUGGAGAGAUUGCGGGGCUCGAUCAGGAGGAGAUGCACAAGAAGAGGGUUCUGCUCACGAGGAAGUAUGACAGGGAGUGGAAUGACCCCAAACUUUUCCAAUGGAGAUUUGGGAAGCAGUAUUUGGUCCCGAAGUUGAUUUGCAACAGGUUGGAAAGUGCUUGGAGGGAAGAUAGAUGGCGGCUUGUUGAAGCUCUUAAGGUGAAAAAGAUUUCAGGAUCCUUUGGUUCAACGAGGAAUGAGCAGCAGCUUGGAGACUUGCUGCUCAAGAAACUGAGUGGGUCGGAAACCUUAAAUGGGAAGCUCUUUCCGAGCUCAAUCUUAUUGGGAUCAGCGGAUUACCAUGUUAGGCGGCGGUUAGGAGGGGGAACGCAGUACAAGGAGAUCCAGUGGUUGGGCCAGAACUUUGCCAUGAGACACUUCUUUGGGGAUAUUGAACCUUUGAAUUCGGAGAUUUCAACUCUUCUCACACUUUCCCACCCCAAUGUGCUGCAGUACCUUUCCGGGUUUUAUGACGAGGAAAAGAAGGAAUGCUUUCUUGUUAUGGAGUUGAUGAACAAGGAUCUGCGCUGCUACAUGAAGGAAAACUGUGGCGCAAGAAGGCAGGUUUUGUUUUCACUCCCGGUAGUGGUUGAUAUCAUGCUUCAGAUUGCAAGAGGCAUGGAAUAUCUCCACUCUAGGAAGAUCUACCAUGGGGAGUUGAACCCUUUGAAUGUCUUUCUUAAGGCAAGGAGCUGCACAGAAGGCUAUUUUCAUGUAAAAGUCUCAGGUUUUGGUUUAUCAUGCGUGCGCAAACCUACUUAUCGAAAAUCACAGCAGCAGAACGAAAUCAACCCUUUGAUUUGGUGUGCCCCGGAAGUCCUAGCUGAGCAAGAGCAACCAGGAAACAAAGGUCGUUCCAAAUACACGGAGAAAGCAGACGUAUACAGCUUCGCGAUGCUUUGCUUUGAGCUCUUGACUGGGAAAGUUCCUUUCGAAGAUUCACAUCUUCAAGGGGACAAGAUGAGUAACACUAUAAGAGCAGGAGGGAGGCCUCUCUUCCCAUACCCUUCACCAAAAUACCUUGUCAAUUUAACCAAGAGAUGCUGGCACAGUGACCCGUCUCAGCGCCUGAGCUUCUCAUCCAUCUGUCGCGUUUUGCGCUACAUAAAGAAGUUCCUUACUCUGAACCCCGACGACGAUCAGCCUAUACUGCAAUCCCCUCCUACGGAUUACUGCGAGAUAGAGUCAUGGUUCCUGAAGAAUAGUUCAGCUGCCGGGUACGCUGAUUUAUCCUCAAUAUCGCAACUUCCAUUCCAAAUGUUCUCUUACCGGCUUGGGGAGAAGGAGAAGACUAGCCCUGGCAUCAUGAGAAUCAGGAGUCUGGAUUCCAUAAGUGAUACAACAUCCGCAAAUUUCAAGCAAGAAUCUCCGAAUGGCAACGUUGACACUAUGUCCAUUGCAGAAGAUCCAUUCGUACCACUAAGCGAAACGAGGUCCGUCUGUUUUGAUGUGAGGUCCUCUUAUGAUCUAAGGUCAGUUUGUUCCGAGGCUCCAAUGAAGAGAACUCUCACUGCGAAGAAACGUCAAGAGGCGAUGGCUAGAAAAGCCUCAGGUUACACACGGACAUCAAAAACACCAACAACACCAAGACUCUCAACGCCAAGGCUUCCGUCGCCAAGAUUUCCAUCCCCAAAACUUCCGCCACCAAAACUCGCUUCACCGAAACUUCCACCAGCAAAGCUUUCGGUUCCAGCAAAACCAUGUCUACGCGGUAUGAAGACAAACCAAAGCCCUCCACAGCCGAGUCCUAUGAGCACAAAGAGUAGUGCGAGCGGAAGCAGGCACAGAACGGGCGGACACGUCUCGGAUUCGGAGAUACAUUAGGCGUCUUUUGGUUCACAUCACAUAUUUUGACACCAGAAACUUUGCUGGCGUCGAAUAGAGUUUAGCAAACUGUAAAAAAAAAAAAUAACACGAUAUAUUUCAAUCAAGUACACAUCAGUUUUUGUUCCCCUCCAUUUAACAAAAAUUCUAGUUCCUUUUUAGAAGCAGUGACUCCUUGUCUCUCUUUAUCUGUAAAAUUUAAAUUUCUUACCGUUAUAGGUAUACGAACAUAAUUCCACGUAUCGUCUUUCAUGCA